AUGGGGAGGAAAAAGAUUCAGAUCCAGCGAAUCACCGAUGAGCGGAACCGACAGGUGACAUUCACCAAGCGGAAGUUCGGGCUGAUGAAGAAGGCGUACGAGCUGAGCGUGCUCUGUGACUGCGAGAUCGCGCUCAUCAUCUUCAACCACUCCAACAAGCUGUUCCAGUACGCCAGCACGGACAUGGACAAGGUGCUGCUCAAGUACACGGAGUACAACGAGCCGCAUGAGAGCCGCACCAACGCCGACAUCAUCGAGACCCUGAGGAAGAAGGGCUUCAACGGCUGCGACAGCCCGGAGCCCGACGGGGAGGACUCGCUGGAACAGAGCCCCCUGCUGGAGGACAAGUACCGGCGCGCCAGCGAGGAGCUGGACGGGCUCUUCCGGCGCUAUGGGUCAGCUGUCCCGGCCCCCAACUUUGCCAUGCCCGUCACGGUGCCCGUGUCCAAUCAGAGCUCCCUGCAGUUCAGCAACCCCAGCGGCUCCCUGGUCACCCCUUCCCUGGUGACGUCAUCCCUCACGGACCCACGGCUCCUGUCCCCCCAGCAGCCAGCACUACAGAGGAACAGCGUGUCUCCCGGCCUGCCGCAGCGGCCAGCCAGUGCAGGGGCCAUGCUGGGGGGAGACCUCAGCAGUGCUAACGGAGCCUGCCCCAGCCCUGUCGGGAACGGCUAUGUCAGUGCUCGGGCUUCCCCUGGCCUCCUCCCCGUGGCCAACGGCAACAGCCUAAACAAGGUCAUCCCCGCCAAGUCUCCACCCCCACCCACCCACAGCGCCCAGCUUGGAGCCCCCAGCCGCAAGCCUGACCUGAGGGUCAUCACUUCCCAGGGAGGAAAGGGGUUAAUGCAUCACUUGACUGAGGACCAUUUAGAUCUGAACAAUGCCCAGCGCCUCGGGGUCUCCCAGUCUACGCACUCGCUCACAACCCCAGUGGUUUCCGUGGCAACACCGAGUUUACUCAGCCAGGGCCUCCCCUUCUCUUCCAUGCCCACCGCCUACAAUACAGAUUACCAGCUGACCAGUGCAGAGCUCUCCUCCUUACCGGCCUUCAGCUCACCUGGGGGGCUGUCGCUCAGCAACGUCACUGCCUGGCAGCAGCCGCCGCAGCCGCCCCAGCCGCAGCCUCCGCAGCAGCCGCAGCCGCAGCCGCCCCAGCCGCCCCAGCAGCCACAACAGCCACCUCAGCAGCAGCCCCACCUGGUCCCCGUGUCUCUCAGCAACCUAAUCCCGGGCAGCCCCUUGCCCCACGUGGGUGCUGCCCUCACAGUCACCACCCACCCCCACAUCAGCAUCAAGUCGGAACCAGUGUCCCCCAGCCGUGAGCGCAGCCCUGCGCCUCCCCCUCCAGCUGUGUUUCCGGCUACCCGCCCUGAGCCUGGCGACGGUCUCAGCAGCCCGGCUGGGGGCUCCUACGAGACGGGGGACCGGGAUGAUGGACGGGGGGACUUCGGGCCCACACUGGGCCUGCUGCGCCCAGCCCCAGAGCCUGAGGCUGAGGGCUCAGCUGUGAAGAGGAUGCGACUCGACACAUGGGUACUGUAG